CAGCUGUCAAGAUGGUUAGCUACGUGGACGUGUCAAUGAAACUUUUACUAAUAUUUGCAGGUGUACUUCCUGCAUAUACCUGUCAAGCGGCUGAUAGUUUUGACACAAAGCUAUCAGAUGCUGUGAUAGCGGUGCUGUCACAGCCCAACCCGUACCAUGCAGGCCGGGCCAGAGAACUACAGCUCUCCCUCAGAGACCAGAUGAAGUCAAGAGAAGCUGAAGACAAACCUACCGUGUAUUUGACGCAUAAAAAAUUCCAGGGCAAGACUGGCAUGUGGACUGUAUUCCCUUUACUUGAGAAAUUAAAGAGUGAUCCAAAGGUUUCCAAAUGGAUUUUCAUUUGUGAGGAGGAAACAAGGAUCGAUCUUGACAAAUUUGAGAAAUUUAUUCAGCAGUAUGAUCCUGCAAAGGAAUGGUUUAUAGGCCACGCCCUAAAGGAUAAGGAAUCAACGAUCAUCCACCAUUUUUCUCCGCCUGAAAAACUUACAUUUCCUGACUUUGCUGCAGGGUUUCUUCUCAGUGUACCAUUACUGAAAAAUAUGUUGAGCAGAUGGCCUGAUGAUGAAAACUUCAGAGCAGACUUCUCCAUUGAUCCAAAACAUGAGCUAGCAUCAUACAUUCUUAUGGAUGAUGUGAAAUUGACCGAUGCUCCGGAGUUGUGCCUGUCUGACAGGGGAGAUAAUUGUGUGACCUACGUAGCCCAAACAUUUCCAAGCUGUGGAGAACCUAUAAAUGAUGAUGAUUUGUUUAUUGCUGUGAAAACUUGUGAGCAGUUUCACACCGAAAGAGUGCCGGUUGUUCUGGAUACGUGGGCCAAGGAGUCCAAGAACAUCGAGUUUUACAGUGAGACGGUGGACGAUUCCAUUCCUACAAUUGAUCUUGGUGUUCCAAAUACUGAAAGAGGUCAUUGUGGAAAGACGGCAGCCCUAUUUAAGCGAGCCGUCACCAAUGAGAACAUUAAAAAUAAGAAAUGGCUACUUGUUGCGGACGAUGACACCAUCAUAAAUAUAGAAAGACUGAAGCGACUGCUGGCGUGUUAUGACCCUACAGGCCUAAUUGCCAUUGGAGAGCGCUAUGGUUACAGGUCUGCCUUGGGAGACGGAUAUGACUACAUCACUGGAGGUGGAGGGAUGCUAUUCAGUAUGCCCAUGGUUGAGAAGUUGGUGGAAGGAUGCAAAUGUCCGCAAGACGAUUCCCCGGACGACAUGAUAAUCGGCAUGUGUCUCAAACGAUUUAAUAUACCGAUAACACAUGUGCCAUAUUUGCAUCAGGCAAGACCUGACGACUACUCCGAGGGCUAUCUAAGUCGACAAAUUCCCGUUUCAUUCCACAAGCAUUGGAAUAACGAUCCACGGGCCGUGUACAGGCUACUGAAAAGCUACGAUAAACAAGAACAGGAAGGCAGUGUACAGACAGAUAAACAUACAGAAUUGUGAUACCUGUUUUGUUUGUAGCAUUUUUAAAGGCAGUUUAAGAAAUUGGUGCAUAUAAAGUGUCAUAUAUUUCUAAAAUCAAAACAUAACCUCAACUGUAUUCAAAGAAUUAUUUCCAUUCAUUAUAUUUCUACAAUUUUACAAAAGACAUAUAAAGUUUUGUAUCUACAUGUAACUGAAUAUGAUUUUAUGUACAAGUAUUAAAGAGAUCUACACAUUUUGCAUUCAGUUAACCAUAUUUGAAACUUACAGAAAAAUGGGAAACUUCCUUUAAUUAUAUAACAAAAAAAGACCACAAUAUUAAAUAAUCAGUUUGAUCAUAUGUAUAUAAUAAAAUACACAUAAAAGUAAGUGUUGACAGCAUGUUUCUGAGAACUUAAGAAAAAUAAUUUUCCUAAUGAAGAAUUAAAGGUUCCUUCACUUAUUAAAUUUAUUUUACCUAAGAAUACAUCUAUCGUAAUUUAACUUUUGAUGAACAGGUGGAAUUCCUUCUUUCUACUUAACACCCUGUAACAAGCUUUCCUAUUUAAAUUGUUAAUUUUGAACAAGCCCAAAACUGUUGGGCUUGCUGGCUGAUGCAUACUAUUACUUCAAACACUGGGCAUAAAUUACUAAAUAUUUUGUCUUAUGAACCAUCAAUAUUUGAAUAAACAUUGGGCCAAUUGUUCAGAACUUUGUUAAAAAUGUUGUAAGCAUCAUAGAUGUUAGCUGCUCUGGACUUCAUGGACACUUUUGGGAUAGAUUUGCGGAAUUACAAAAAAGAUUAGAGGCAGCUGUAUUAGCUGUUCUUGUCAUAUGAGUUUAUCAUAAAAUAGGUCUGACACCUGUUAAUCUAUUGUUAAUUAAACAAAAUAUUGUGAAAUAUUGUCCGUAUUUAUGCAAUACCAAAUUUGUGUUCUCACUUGGUUUUAGUGUUCAAUGUGUUUAUUUGCUCAGAAAUUUGUGUGAUUACGGUGGUGGUGAGGGUGUUGGCAGGGUUGUAACGGGGCACCAAGGUGCUGUUAAAUGUUUGUUAUUUCGAUCUUAUAACUUUUUUGAAUCUCUGCUGAUUAAAGAUAUGACCUUUUCAACCUUGUAACCAUUUUUGUUAGGUAUAAUUAUUUGCAGUAACCUUCAAAUAGUAAGCUAAUUAAGAGAAGGUCAAAUUGGUAACCAGGCCCAAUUGACCAGAUUCCUUGGUUACUAUUAAGUUAAUUUUAUGGCAGUAGUUUAGCGCUUGCUGAAAGUUGUUAACAAUUACUUUUUUCUGGUCAUAGUUUUGGUGCUUACUGAAAUUUGUAAUGAUACCCAUAUAAAUAUGGGCAACCAAAAUUUUGUUAAGUUGUCCUUUGUCCAUUAAGGUUAUCUUUUGGCUGGUUUGGGUAUUACAUACCUUUUAUUGGUUAAUAGUUAGUACCAGUAUUGGACCAGUCAAUAAACAUUUUGGCUAUAUUUGUCUUAACCAUAGAAUUUCCUGGCAGACAGGAUAAACCUUUCCACUGGUUAUCUUUUGGCCAGUUAGCACAUUGAAAUGACUGGUUGAUUGGUUGAUAGUAAUUAUUGAAUAAAUACUGGCCAAUCAGUAAACAUUUUGACUAAUUUUGACCCAGGGCCCUCGCUCUAUUUCGGGGGAAGGGGCCCACAGCCUUUUUGAGGGGGAAUUUUCGCGUUGUUUUCCCAAAAUAGGGGAGUUUGUAUUAUAGGGGAAUUUGUAUUAAUAGUUAACUACAAAGGUUUCAAACAAACAUUAUACAUUUAAAACAAUCUUUAAUCACUGAGUAACAUUGCAAACAACUUCACAUCAAUUCAAUCACUUGAACAGUCAACUUAGAAUUUAACCAUUCUAUCUUUUUUCUACCGAAGUAGGCAAUGGCUUCGUUCAAUUGUUCAUCAGUCAAACAUUCCUAUAGUGCUUUGUUAAAAUUCAGGGAAGUUGUAUCCUGUGUUUUUGGUGCAUAACACCAAGCAGAUUUACGACCUAGAGGUCCAUUCGCAAAGAGCUAGGGUAUCGCAUAUGGAUCUUCUUGUGUCAAUCUUUUUACAUGAAAACGCCGUUUGUCUCGUUAACUUUUUUCGAUAUGAUUUCGAAUUGUGCGACAUUUUUCACAAACGGAAGUAAACAACGGAAUAAAUUAGUGCGCAUGCGCAUUGGCAAGGGAACUAACACCGUUAGAUACAACGCUACUUAUUAUUCGAGUUACUUCCCCUAGCGCACAAUGGCGCGUGGUUUAAAAAAAUUGACGAUCUUUUUGCAUUUUUUAAACCAAUUUUUUAGGGGGAAUUUUCAGCUCUGAAGGGGGAAAAAAAGAUACUUUUUCGAGGGGGGACGGCAGCCGAAUUUCGGCGGUAAUUUUGGACGAUCGAGGGCCCUGUGACCCAACCAAAGAGUUAACCAAUUUUAUACAUUUUGUACAUUAGGCAGCUGGUUUAUAUGAUGUAUGGAUGCAAAUGUUUGUUAUCGGUGCUACAAUGUUAUAAUACCUGAUAAAACCAGGUUCAAAGCCACAGCUAUCAUGGUAAAUAUUUUGAUAUUAGAUAUAAACAUUACAUAUACAUGUAAAUAAUCAAAAGAAUACUGAAAAAUGUUAAUGAAUACUAAAAUUGUUAUUCAACAAUAUUAUAUUUGUCUUAAUCACUGCCCAAUAUUUACCUUCUGCUAUGUGAAUAAAAAAAAUGUUAGAAAUUAUACAUACAUGUACAGUAUGUUAUUAACAAUUCCUUAAAAGAGGUACCUGUUGUCUUUUGCUAGUGUCCAAUUCUACAAAAUAUGGGCAUUGUGUUUAUUUCGCACAACUUAAUGCACAUGCACUAUUUUAUCCUUUGCAUGGCACAAAAUGGGCAUUGAAGGCUUGGGCCUGCACAUUUUGUUUUAGUCAAAGAUGGGCAGAUAUUUAAAACUUAUCCAUGGAGAGCACAGCCCGAGCCACAGAUUCUGUUAAGCUACACCUCAGAUUAAAAUAUUUCAACUUUCUUUUCACUCUGUCAAUCACUGAGAUUUUUAAAAAUAUUUUUUCCCAUGAGAUAUCACUUUUUGGGUCAUUUAUGAAUAUAUCUUCUUUUAUUUUCCAAUCUUGAUACGGUAUGCCAAAAUAGUUGUGGCCAUUUAAUGAAACAUAUCAAUGAAAUCAAUAUUGUGGAUUGUGGUCUUUUUUAAAAUUAAAUCAAGUUAUGUAUGUGUUGUAAAAUAAAUAUGUGUUUCACUUUGAUUUUUCUCACAGUUGUAAAUGAUCUGGAAGUAAAUUAUUAUGUAAUAAAUGUGAAGUAUUGAA